CAUUCGCAACCUACCCACGUCCCCUGAAACAGGAGACCGCCCCAGCCAAGGAAAAGAACCCACCUUUCUCGCUUGUUGACUUCUCAGGACAGGCUCACAGGCUCUCAUUCUAGCAUGUUGACAGGUGACACAAACAAGCAAUACUGCGAAAUGGUUACCGGUACCGAAGUUUCAAAAUAUCCGUUUCGGUUUCCGAUUUCACCAGGUCCAUACUACACAGUACUUUCACCAAAAACGCGAACAAACAGGAGGGUCUUCCAAGUUCUCAAGAGACCCGAGCUUUGGCAACGUUCCAUCAAAAAUCCGAGUCUUGAGCAUGAAUGUCUCAGUCCAAGCGCCUCGGCCUCGCCAUAUUUCGAGUUGUUGGGUGCAGUGGCAUGUCAGCAACAGUGGGGACUGUCGUAUCCGUCACGCAUCACGCGGCAGGCUGGGCAAAUGCUGCGUAGAGCAGAAGAAGCAGGCCAAAAAACCGAGCGCGAGAAUCGAACUCGGGUUCUGCUCCCGUGGAUAUUUUCUAGUAUACGCGAAGCGGUGGCCAUGAUUCAUAAGGCAUGCGGCUGCUAUAUUUGACACGGCCAACUGCGGGCCCCAAAUCUCCUCGGCCCUGGGGACCAAUAUGGUGGCGUCGGCCGUCUCCGAGGCCGCUGGACCGAGCAUCACCAACAACCCGUUCCCGGCGCUUGUUGAUCAUUCUGACUGAUCACUUGACUGAUG